UUCACAGUAAUAGGUUGGGGAAAAAGAUAAGCUAUGGAGGAUAAGGUGGCGAGGUUGUUAGCUGAAGCGAAACCUAAGCUGGAGAGGAAAUACAGUGUUGGAAUUUCUCCCGGCGCUUUUGAUCUCGCUGUUCACGGCGUUAGAACAUUCAAAUCCAAGUUCAGUUCCGCCCCUAAAAAAGGUUUCGAAAUCUUGGAUGAGGCAUGCAAGCUGGUUAGCAAAAACUUUAGAAAUUGCGCCCACGAGUUGGCCUUCAAUGACAAGGCAUACGAGCUGCGCCGUGCGGUUGUCGAACUCGUUGAAUUAUAUAGGAACUACCACCCAGAUAGCAAAUAUUGGGUGAAUAGGUUGUUGCGUGAGCGUGAUUCUGCAUCGUUCUACCUGAACGAGUUCUUAGACAGAUGGGACUUCGAAUUUGAUCCAUUGUCCGACCAAACUAUCUAUGACAAGAUUAUAUCACUCCAGGCAAAUCUGGACUGUCCUAUGCUGAACAAGACCACCUUGGAGGAAGCUGUUCUGUUUCUUGAUGUUGUACAAGAUAAAUUAAUUUCUCGAUUCCGGUUUCUCUUGACUGUCAAGGAUUAUCAUGUUGCUGAGGUGCUGAGCAAGCUCAAUGAUGUCCCACUCACUCAGAUUGUUCCAUCUUUUAAGCAUCGCUACAAGAAAAAGGCGAUUUAUAUGACAAAUCUUAGGGUGGUGAAUCAGAUGCCCGUGAUUAAUGAAAUUUUUGGAACUCUGGUAUCCGAGAGAAGUACUAGUACAUGCCCUAGGGGUUCGUUUCUUCUUUUGGGCCCGUCUGGAGUUGGUAAAACAGAGAUUGCAAAGGCUGUUGCACAGCAUUGGUAUUGUGAUGCAAGCAGACUUGUAGAGAUAGAUAUGGCAGAGUAUGCAGAGCCUUUGGUUGAAUCAGCAGCUUUUGAUCUAUCUGAGUGGUCAAAGAGUAUACGUGGUGAUUUUUUGAAUAAACUGACUGAGGUUGUGACAAAGCGUCCUUAUUCGGUUAUUCUUCUGGACAAAAUUGACAAGGCUUCCUCCAUUGUCACAGGGGUUCUCAUUGAGAUUUUGAGUUACGGAAAAGCAGGUGAUAUUAAAGAGAGGAACGCUGUUGACUUGUCGAAGUCUAUUAUUUUCAUGACUUCAAGUGUGGGAUCCGAUCAACUUGAAUUGAGUUGCACAGACUCUAAUUUUAUCGAUCUUUUGAAUCGGUACAGACAAAAUUCCCUAGAACUACGUAAAGUCCAUGAGUGUCCUCUAAAAGACAGUGGUCCUGAAAGAGUUGUCAUUGAGGCGAGAAAAAUCUUGGGUGCUGAUCUGUUAGAUUCCCUUGAUAAAGUUCUUGUCGUUAAGAGGUUCUGCAAUCAGCAGGCUGUUGCGAGGCUUCUUCUUAGGGAAACUGUUAGAGACGUUUAUGGAGAAAGAUUAGUUGUGCAUGCUUCUACUGAAGCAAUAGAUGUCUUAUUUCUCAAGGGACCGACACAGCGGCUUGAAGCUGGAAAGGCUUUCCGAGAAGCAUUGCUAGAGCAUGUCAUUCCACAGUUAUCAUCCACAGAAGGUUUUAAUUGUGGUUUUGUAUGUGUUGAUACACUUGUUGGAACACAUGAAUUGUCGUUUAGAUUUCAAACACAAGUACAAAAUGUGGGUGAUUGGUAUUUCAAGCUAAACGAUGGAAUAUUUGAUAGUUUUAUGGCUGAGUCGAAAAAAAAGGUGGAAGCAGUGUGUAGGAUAUUUGACUUACGGAGUGAAUGCUUAGAUUUGUUUCAAUCGGGCCAAAGUUCAUCUGAGCUGAAGAAGUUAUUAUUAGAUGCCUGCAAUGACCUGUCAACUAUUUUCCGGUAUCAGUAUCAUGGCUCACACAUGCUACUAAGAUAUGUAUCUGAAGAGGUUGCAUCAUGCAAUGGUAAUCUUCCUAUGGAUGAUAAGAAGAAGACGCUCAAGAUGCAUUGCACAGAAUUGGAAAGGUAUGAUACGGGUAUUGGUAAAGCAACUAGAACUAUAUUGGAUGCUCUAUUGAAGGUGUGUGAUGGUGAUUCAUUGGAACCAACUGGAAUGAUAUUGGAUUCAUCGAGUGAUUAUGAUCCAGUGGAAGGGUCAAAUUUGCCAGCGAAACAUUACUUCUUUGUAGGUCUGAACCAUGUUGCCAAAGCAGGGCUGAUUAAUUCUCUUAACGAGUUUUUGGGGGAAUCGUUUUUCGUUUACGUCAAAUUAGACAACAACAGCAGAGGUGAGGAAGUGAAGGAGUUUCUUGUCGAUCAAGUAAGGCUGAGGCCAUGUUUGGUCCUUAUGCUCGAUGGGGUUGAAUAUGCUGACGAUGCUCUUUAUAAGAGCCUGCUCGAGAUUCUUGACAAGGGUACUGUGGAUGACAAUGAGGGGUUCGGUGUUGAAUUCGGGAGAAUUAUUCUUAUCCUUACAUCAGAUGUUGAAAAUAAACGUAGAAUUGCUGGUUCUGCUAUGUUUAAUCAUCAACAAGAUAUUAUAUCUAAUAUUCUGACGAAUCAAAACCAGAAUGUGAAAAGAUUCAGGACUGAGUUGCUUUACCGAGUUGAAGGGAUAAUGUUCUUUGAUCCUCUAUCUGGAGAUGGAGGAACUCCUUUUCUGCGAAAACGUGGUGGCAGAGUCAAACCACCCUUUAUUGAGUUGACUUUAUCUAGUUUUCUCCGUCUUAUGUUUGAAGGAUGAUUUGAUGCAACUUGUGUUUAGCAUCCAGUUUAUUUUUUUCCAUCUUUAUCAAACAAAGAUAAUAAAGACUCUUCAUUAAGUUUUUGUUGUAUUUUUCUGAAUUAGGUCGAAAUGUUGAAUUGUUGACUUGUCCGUUAAUCUUGUCAGUUGAAUAGUUUAAAA